AUGUUCGCGCUGCGGCGGCGGCUCCGGGCCCGCCGGUUACAUAGAAUCGCGCAGGGCGGAGCGGGGCCGCGGCCCGGCCGGGCGGGGGCGGGACCGGAGCGGGCGGCGACGGCGGCGGGGCCCGGGGCCGGGGGCCGGGCAGGAAGCGGGGCGGCGGGGCGGGCGGCGGCGGCGGGCCCCUCUCAGUGCCGUUCGGGGGCUGAGGAACAAGAGGCGGCGGCGCUGCGCCCUAACAUGUCCGUUCGCUUCUCGCCAGCGGGAUGGCGGCAGCGGCCCGAGUCCACGCCGCGCGGGGCACCCUGGGACGGCUCGGGCCUCCCAGCGCUUCCGGUGCCCGCGCCGGCCCCGCCCCGCCGCGUCGGCCCCGUCCCCGUGCACGCCGGCCCCGCCCCGUCCUGCGCGCCAGGCGGCGGGCGCGGAACGCGAGCGAGCUGGGAGCUUUCCCGCCCGCCGCCGCGGGCCUGGGAGGGGUCCCAGCCUAGAGCCCGCGUCCCGUGCGGUCGCCGGAAGUCGCGGGUUGCAGCUCCCGGAGGCUGGCCCCUGAACCCUGCAGCGUCCCCCGGGCUAUUUCCGAGUGCCAUUCCGUCCGUGCUGGUCCUGCGCCUGGCCCGGUCCUGCGGGCGCGGAGCCGGGAACAAAGGACUUCACCCGGCUCGUGGACGUGCUCGUGCCGGCUCCCCCGCAGCCUCUGCUGCGCAGCCCCGUGUGUGUCGCAGUUGUGCGGGCGCUGGGCUGGGUUCUCGGCACAUGGAAAUAAAAGAUCAUUUUUCUGCCUUCGGACAACCCAGGAGAAUCGAGAGCUGGUGGCCAGUGCCUGGCAGGAGACGGGAGGACCAGGGAAGCCAGUGUUGGGAGUCGAAGCCCGAGGGCAGGAGGUGCAGUGAGAUGGCGCAGCUCAACCGGGCUCUAAGGUUCUUUCUUCAAAAUCGGAGGUAUGAAACUCAAGCCUCUACUGAAGUGACCUGUCACCUUCCGAGACUGAACAGCCCGAUCGAGUGUUCAUUCGUCACUCCCAGAAUAAAGGCGGGCAGCCGCCGAGGACCCGGAUGAGCCCUCCAGUGCGGUGUUGACCGGGAGUGGUGAGAGUGGACACCGGGGUCGCAUGUGUUGUCUCCGGGCUAGACAGCCUUUGCCGCUGCUCAGGCUGAGAGCCCCAGGCUGUUGGACCGGUCAGGAAGUCCCCUGCCACUGGUGUCUUGAGCGGUUUUGUUCUUUUUUUUUUUUUUUUUCCUUUUAAAUCGUGGAUGGGCCCAGGCUGGUGCAGCUUAGUGGACUGAGUGCCAGACUGUGAACCAAAGGGUCACCAGUUCAAUUCCCAGUCAGGGCACAUGCCUGGGUUGGGGGCAGGUCCCCAGUGGGGGGCGCUCGAGAGGCAACCACACACUGAUGUUUCUCUCCCUUUCUUUCUUCCUCUCUUCCCCGCUCUCUAAAAAUAAAUAAAUAAAGUCCUAAAAAAAUAAAUCGUGGGUGGGUGUCGAAUUUUGUCAGAUGUUGUUUUCGUGUCUACUGAGCUAUUCGUCUGGUUCUUUUAUUCUGUUAAUAUGGGGAAUCACAUUGAUCAGUUUUUGAAUGUUUGACCAGCCUGCCAGCAUUCCUGAAUAAACCCCACUGGUCUUAGAGUACCCUUCUUACACGUCACUGGAUUCCGUUUGCAAGGAUUUUGUCAAGAGCGUUUCCUCCUGAGUGAUACUGAUCUGUCGUUUCCUUUUCUUGUGAUGGUUCUGCUGUCGGAGUCGUCUGUCCUCAUCCAAUGGGUUAAGAAAUAUUUCCUUCUCCAUUUUCUGA